AUGGAUGAAAAAUGUCGGCUCUGUCGUAAAGACGAGUUAGUCUUCUCUGAGUCAAUAUUUUCUUAUCGUUGUGGAAAUGAACAAAUUUCAGAGAUUAUAAUGAAAAUUUGCCCAAUAGUUCAAAUUGAAUUUGAUGAUGGACUUCCAACAAGAAUUUGUCAGCAAUGUUUAACGAUAUUAAUAAGUGCUUAUGAGCUUCAGAAAACCAGUCUUGAAAGUGACAACUUUUAUAGAUUACACUAUGGAUCUCAAAUCUUCCCUAAUCUUGAAGUAGAACAAGAAAAUUUGGAAUUAAUAAAAAUUGAGGAUGUAAGAAGUUCUUCAGAUGAUUUAAAUGAAGAAAUGUCAGAAUAUUCUGAAGAAAAUUCUUACGACUCUAAAGCAAGAAGAAAAUCGUAUCAACAAAAAUUAUUAUUUAAACCUCGUCCAAUUCAAGGACAAAAAGGAAAACUUGAUAGUAAAACUAUUUAUGCUUGCAACUUUUGUAACACAAAAUUAAUGAGAAGGUCAAACAUAAGUCGUCACAUGUUGUCGUUACAUGAUCCUACAAUGAAACCCUUUGCUUGUAUUUAUUGUCCAUUUCGAUUUGACGACGAAGAGAAGAAAAAAUUACACGAACAACGAAAUCAUCUUCACGAUGUUCCUUCAAUCAUAUUUUGUAACAUUUGUGGUGCAAGUGGAAGUUAUCAAAGUGGAAUUGAUCAGCAUAUUCAAGACGAUCAUUGCUGUGAAAAUGAUUCUACAGAAAAUUUUCUAGUCAAACGUCGAAGUGAAAAGUUUCAUCCACUUCCGUUAUCAAAUCAAUUACCUUCAUUGAAGUACGAAGAUAUCUGGUAUAAGUGCAAUUUCUGUCAUAAAGCUUUGAAGCAUAAGAAAAAUAUCUUGCGACAUAUAAGAAGAAAACAUGAUCCUGAAAAUCUUCCAUUUGGAUGUAAACUUUGCAUUGAAAGAUUUGAGAAUAUCGAACAGUUGAAUGAACAUAAAAAGAAACAUGAAAAAGAUGACAAAAUUCCUUUAAAUGUUAUUUUUUGUGAGAUUUGUGGAAUAAGUGGCGAUAACAUGGAAGGAAUGCAAAAUCAUAAAACUGACGACCACAGUUUAACUCUUGUUAAAAUAAACAAAAGAAUAGAAGUUGAAAACUUACCAAUUUGUGAACCGAAUAAAAAAUCAUUUUCAAAAUUUCAUCCACGAGUUGUACCAGGAUUUGAGCAUCUGAAAUACGAUGAAAUUCCUUACAUCUGUAACUUUUGUAACAAACAGUUGAAGCCACGAAAAAAUCUCAUCAGACAUAUGAAAAGAAAACAUGAUCCAGAUGAACUUCCAUUUGCUUGUCGGUUUUGUGUCGAAAGAUUCGUAACAAUAAUUGAAUGUGGGAAACAUGAAAGUUUUCACGAUCAUGAGCCUCGUAUUUUAUUCUGUGAUAUUUGUGGUGCAAGUGGAGACAAUAAAAUUGGAAUGGAAAACCACAUGACUGACGAUCAUCUGAAACGCAAUCUCGAAAAUUCUUUGCAGUCAAAACAAAUUUCAGAAUCGAAUGAAAGUCUUAACAAAUGUUCAAAGUGUGACGAAACAUUCAGUACCAAAUUUCAACUACGUAAUCACGAAUGGCUGAUCCAUUUGAAACUUUAUCGUCAAUUGAAUAGCGAAGAAGUGAAACAAGAAAUGAAAUGUUGUGCUUGUGAUGAAACAUUUGCCACCGAAAUUUCACUUCUUCAACACGCUAAUAUUCAUCGAAAAGAAUUUGGAAAUGUUAAAUGUUCACAUUGUCCCACACCAAUUAGGUCAUUCGAUAAAUUCUUGAAGCAUCUUCAAUAUCAUAUGAAGCCAAAGACUCACGAAUGUACAAAAUGCCGUAAAAUCUUUCCAUUUGAUAGCAAAAUGAUUGAGCACAUCAAAUCACAUCGAAGAAAGUUUAAUGACAAAGUGAUUUGUCCGAAAUGCCCAGGAAAAUUCAGAAAUAAUAAAUUUCUAGAGAUUCACGACAAAAUUAAACAUUGCAAUCAAACUCUUUUCAUGUGUCCAAUUUGUGCAAAGUCAUUAAGUUCAGAAUGGGCGCUUGACAAUCACAUCAGAUAUGUUCAUAGCACAGAAGACCAAAGAAAACAUAAAUGCAAAUUUUGUCCAAAAAAGUUUACUCACAAAUCGAAACUGAAUAUUCACGAAGCAACGCACAGCACUGAACGACCUUUCAUGUGUCAAAUUUGCCCUGCACGUUUCAAACAUAAAGAUGGAUUGGUUGUUCAUAUUCGACGACAUGAUGGAACUUUACCUAAGAAUUUUAAAUGUGAUCAAUGUUCGAUUAGAUUUGUCGAUCGACACCGUUUAGCACAACAUCUUCUGACACAUUCAGGAAUUAAACCUCAUCAAUGUAAUUAUUGCGACCGUUCUUAUACAUCAAAAGGCGAUUUAGUUAAACAUCUUCAAAAGUCUCAUAUUGGAAAUGCUGUUUAUCGAUGUGAAAAAUGUCCGGAAGCUUUCCCACGAUUAAUUCAAUUAAGAGAACAUCUUCAAGUUCAUUAUGAAGAAACUCAAUAA